AACUGGCUACAGUAGCAGUGGCACUAAGCUAUCGGCCAAAUCAACUUUAUCAGAGACGAAAUUGGCAAUUUUUUGGACUGAAAACCUUUACACGGCAUAUUUUAUCUGAGGACAACGUCGGCCAGUAAUUUCACGAAGAAAAACUCUGGAAAACAGCCAUAUAUUGAAAUUGCUCAGCAAGCCUACCGUUAGCUUAGCUUGAUUUGAUAGCAAUACUAGCAAUCGGACCGAAAAUGAUUUUGAAUUGUAGGAUACUGUAAGUAGUUAAGGGUCUUCAUAUACUGUACAAUUUUGAUAGUUUAUAAUUUUUCGUUAUAGCUGUUCUCAAUCGAACUUGACAUUGAUCGCCGGAUCUAUCUAGUCUUCUUAGUUUUUAUUUAUUUAUUUUUUUUCAUCUGGGACAAAUUCACUGGCUAUCUGUCUGUGUGCUUCACACAGCUGGAAAUGAAUUCGAAUGUGGAGAACUUGCCUCCGCAAGUGUUGAGACUUGUCUAUAAAGAGGUUUCUGCCCUGGCAGCAGACCCUCCAGAGGGCAUCAAAGUCUACCCCAGCGAAGAGGAUAUCACAGAACUUCACACUGCUAUUGAGGGCCCCGAAGGAACUCCUUAUGCCGGAGGGGUGUUCCGGAUGCGUUUAGUCCUUGGGAAGGAUUUCCCUGCUGCACCGCCCAGAGGCUAUUUUCUGACUAAGAUUUUCCAUCCUAAUGUUGGGCACAAGGGUGAAAUCUGUGUCAAUGUACUGAAGAGAGACUGGAAGGCAGAGCUGGGCCUGAGACAUGUAUUGCUUACCAUCAAGUGCCUUAUGAUCCAUCCUAACCCAGAGUCAGCCCUGAAUGAGGAGGCUGGGAGGUUACUUUUGGAGGACUAUAAGGAGUAUGCAUCCCGUGCUCGCCUCCUGACAGAAAUCCAUGCUAUGGGAGGCACAUCGGGGGCCCCUCAGGAGCCUGCUGAUGGACCUCAACCCAAGAAACAUGCAGGAGAUCCAAACAAACGUGUGGCAGGGGCUGGUUUGGUAACAGCGGGCACUGGGACCAACAGCUCGAAUAACAGCAGCACAAGUAGUAACAAUAGUAAUAUAGUCGCAAAGAAGAAAACAGAUAAAAAACGAGCUUUGAGGCGGCUAUAAAAGAGUGAAUCAGUAUUUUUGUGUGUAUAUAAAUAUUGAGUUGUUCAGAACACCUUUUCCCCUCCUUAAAUUGUCUUUCUAUUUUAGGAUAGCACAUUCAUUUUGCCAUGAUCCUACCCGAACACUCCUUUGCUUGUUUCUUUGAACUUACUCUCAGGACUUGAACUGUCCUUGUGACAAUUCUCUUUUUCACUCACAACUGGAGUUUCAUCUGUGUUUUCAAAAUGUUACAAUCAUUCAGAUUAUGAAUACAAUAGUAAAGGUUUUUGUUUAAUAUUAUUUGUGGCCUCUAGAAUUAUGUAAUGACAUUUUGACUAUCAGUGAAUGCUACAGUUUCCUGUACCCCCCUGUUCUGCUGGGGUGUACAGCCAGCACAGCCUUUCUAACAAGUUGUUUUGCACAGAAGUUAUAUUAUAUUUAGAUUUCAGGUGUGACCGGUCAAUUACUGUAAUUCUGUCCUAUUUCAUUGGACUGCUAAAUUACAGAUGAGAGAUGAGGUUUAAUUCAGGGGAUUAUUGAAGAAUAGUACCUGGCCCUGGGUAUGAUUGCUGUGUUUUUGAGUAAGAUAUAUAUAUAAGAUCAGGAAUAACAGAGGGGAUGGUUAAAAUGUGGUCUGAAUAUAACCCGUGAAAUAUCACUUGUCUUUUCUUUUUUUUACUCUUGCGUUUUUUUUUUGUUUUUUUGUGAGUGCAUAUUUGUGUGGUAUUAUUGUCAAUUUUUUUUACUAACUUUUAAUUUAUUUUUCUUUGGCCACUGUGCAAAAGGCCUUGUUCUCCAUUUCAAGUGAAUAGCUAAAUUUUCCAGACACUUUGGUGCAUGAGUUGAAGCCGUAAGACCAGUUGGGGUAAGAGUAAGGGGGCAACCAACUAGUUCAUCAUGCUGUUGAACCAUUUCAAAAAUAUAGAGGUCACGCAAUGUUUUUCCAUUUUUAAAUUUGUUUCAGAACCAUUUUUAGUUUUGAUGUUAUAUUGUCAAAAAGAACAUUAACCCUCCCUUUUUAUAUGAUCACAGCUGCACUUUUCUCUAGCACUGCUGGUCUCUCGAUCAAAAGUCUGUUAAGAAAUCUUCUCCGAUAGACUUCAGUUCUGGGCGUCAGUUCUCCAACAAAUUGCUCUGAACAUUAGGCAGGAUGUGCUUUCAGCGACUGUUUGCCCUUACUUAAAAGCUUGUGGGUGAGCAGUAGGGCAUUUUUGUGACCAUUUUAAGUUAUUUAAAUAAAAAAAAUAAAGGAAUUUUAGGGAGAUAUAUAUAUAUAUAUAUAUAUAUAUAUAUAUAUAUAUUUUUUUUUAUUAUAAUUGUGUUAAAGGAAAAUCUGUUUUAUUCUGUCCUUGUGUGUGCAUGCAUCUUGCUUUGAGUUCAUCUGGAGUAUAGCUGGGCAAGAAAAGUUAGACUAUGGAGGAUCCUUGAAUUUAAAAUACAUGUUUGUAAAUGCAGGAAUUAACAUUUUUAUUUGCUAGAAAAAAAUUAUAAUGAAGGUUGAGAUUAACUGUAGGCAAUAUGAUCUGUUGUCUUAUUAGGUGCAUUCUUGUCCACCCAGUGGUUUCAUUGUCGUCUUGCUGUGCAGGCCACAAACAGGAUCAACAGCAAUAUUUUCUGUUUAAGCAUUGUAUGAGAAUGAGACCCAUUCAGUGUAUGUUACCCCUUAAAAAUGUUUAACUCAAACAGCGUAUCGCAGACUUGUAAUUUGAAUGGAUAUGAACGGAUGAAUGGUUCUCGUCGCAGGUUUCCUGAGCGGCCGAAAAAGCAGCCCACCCACUUGUAUCGGAAUAGCUUGGUGCAUGCUGCUAAUUGCUGUCUGUAGGAAGGAAAGCCGAAGAGGGGAGGGGGUAUGUGAGCUUGCAGUACAACAGUCGAAAGACUCCAAGCAUAUACAGUACACAGCUCUGAAAAAAUUAUUUAAGAGACCACUGCAACAUUAUCAGUUUCACUGGAUUUACUAUUUCUAGGUAUGUGUUUGAGUAAAUAAAAUUUGUUGUUUUAUACUAUAAACUACUGACAACAUUUUUCCCAAAUUCCAAUUAAAAAUACUGUCAUCCUGAUGAUCUGGGGGUGCUUCAGCAAGGCUGGAAUCGGGCAGAUUCCUCUUUGUGAAGGAUGCAUUAAUCAAGCAAUGUAAAAGGUUAUCCUGGAAGAAAACUUGCUUCCAUCUGCUCUUAUAACUUUCCACAACUUGAGAAUUGUUUUUUCCAGCAGGACAAUGCUCCAUGCCACACAGCCAUGUCACUUAAUAUGUGGAUGGAGGACCACCGGAUCAAGACCCUGUCAUGACCAGCCCAAUCUCCAGACCUGACCCACUUUGAAAACCUCUGGAAUAUGAUCAAGAGGAAAAUGGAUGGCCACAAGCCAUCAAACAAAGCCGAGCUGCUUGAAUUUUUGUGCCAGGAGUAGUAUAAAUUCACCCAACAGCAAUGUGAAAAACUGGUAGAGAGCAUGCCAAGAUGCAUGGAAGCUGUGAUUGUAAAUCAGGGUUAUUCCACCAAAUAUUGAUUUCUGAACUCUUUCUAAGUUAAAACAUUUGUAUUGUGUUGUUUAAAAAUUAAUAUUAACUUGUUUUCUUUGCAUUAUUCCAGUAUCUUUUGUUUUAUUUUGAACAGUUGACAUUUUCAGCAAAUAUUUAUUUGGAAUU